AUGACACAGGGCAGGCUUGACCUGACCAAUAUGGUGCGUGAGGCCAUCCUGCGUGAAGUCUUGCUCAAGUGUCAAGACGGUGUGGUUUGCCGAUUACCGAGAGGCUUCGGCAACGACCUUGCGACAAAGUAUGGUUGCCACGUGUCGUCCGUUCGUCGCAUCAUAGCUCGAGAAAAGGCACAGGAUAUAGCGUCUGGAAACAUGCAAGUGUGUGUAGCUAACAGAAAGAAACGUCGCGUUGGCCGGAAGAUAAAGUACACGGCUGCCCAGGCGCGAGAAAAGCUCUUGCAGGUUCCACUGCGAGAGCGUACAUCAUUGCGAUCCAUCUCCGCCAAAACCGGCGAGAAGCCACCCGAGCGCAAGUGCAAGAGCAAGCGAUUCAUUACGAAGGUUAUGUUCUUGACGGCGGUGGCACGGCCUCGGCUCAACGAGGACACCGGUGUUUGGUGGGACGGCAAAAUCGGAACGUGGCCCUUCGUCAAGCAAGCCGCGGCUCUUCGCUCAAGCGUCAACCGAGAAGCUGGCACGAUUGAAACCAAGGUCAUCAGCGUCACAAAGGAUGUCUACCGUGAGUACCUGCUGGGGAAACAUGACAACGCCCGGACACACGUAACCACGUCCGACGCCAAGCUACAGGAGAGUUUCCGUCAAUAUGCGGCACAAGCGUGGUUUCUUGCCCCACAGCCGGCAAACUCGCCUAACCUCAACGUCUUGGACUUGGGCUUCUUCGCAGCACUGCAGUCCCUACAACAUCGUGAGUCCGCGCGCACCAUCGAUGACUUAGUGGCCAAUGUGGCGAAAGGAUUCAAGGACUAUCCGUUCGAGCGGCUCGAUCAUACCUUCAUGACGUUGCAAUCUUGUCUACUGGAGACCAUCAGAGUGGGAGGAUUCAAGGACUAUCCAUUCGAGCGGCUCGAUCAUACCUUCAUGACAUUCCGCACUUGGGAAAGCAGCCCGACAGAAGACUACCGCGACGGCACGGCCAAGUUGAGCGCUAUCGACGCGGUCGCGUAUGAACGUGCUGUGGAGACAGAGUUGGAUGAGCUUCCGACGGCUGACGAACUGUCGACGUUCCUUGAGAGCAUGGCCCUGGACUCCGAAGUCACGGCUGCCUUGGAAGCUGCAGGACUUGAAGCUAUUGAAUUAUGA